AGUUGGAGGACGAUUCUCUGCGGCCAACAAACCAAAUAACGACCUUCUUAUUAACCGUAUUCGGAUCACUUUUUACACGACAAUGACAGACGCCAAUCGCUGGAAAGCCACGGUCUACGUGGGUGGACUCUCUCAAACGGCGACGCAAAGCCAUGUCCUUGAUGCGUUCAUCCCAUUCGGAGAGAUCGUUGAAGUCAAGGUCCCAAAGCAGGACAAGCCGAAUUCUGCAGAGCCUCAUCGCGGUUUUGCAUAUGUCGAGUACGAAGAUGCGGCGGAUGCUAAGGAGGCAAUCAACAAUAUGGAUCAGUCGGAGCUUUUCGGGAGAGUCCUCAAAGUCUCACAAGCUAAGGCACCAAAGAGUGCCGACGAGGGCUUGGGUAGCAAGACUGCUGUCUGGGAGAAGGAGGGGUGGUUGGCCGAACACGCCGCCGAGGACAAUGGUCACGAUGACGCAAAGGUCAUGGUAGAUAUUGGCCCUGACCCCAUGCAAGGACUAGAGGGAUUGGAUGUUGCGGGACCGAAACCUGAGUGAUGGAAUGGGAAUUGGGGCUUCGUGUUAACUUGUACGUUGGCAUAGCGAGGGCGUUUUGAGGCAUUGAAAUCACGUUUACUGGGGGGUUGGACAUGAGCUAUAAACACAUCACUGGAAAUUUUCAAGAGUUA